AAGGAACAAAAACAAACUAUUAUAGAUAUACAUGUACAUAUACAUCCAAUGUUCUAUUUGUUAUUCUAUUUAUAGUAACAUACAGUAUACCUAAACUAUGAUUACAUAAACCCUCAAAGCUUUCAAUAUCACUCAGUAAAGAGACAAAAUCUACUUCAAGAAAGCAUAAGCAAUGGCUGUAUCUUUAGGAAAGGCUGAGGAGUUGAUUGUGUGUCAAGAUCGAGUAGAACUAGUACAGGAAGAAGUGAUUGCAGACCCUGAUUCUGGUAUAGUAAUGAAUGUGAAGAAGACAAAAGUUGCUAAGGAUGUAGGAGGUGGUAGGAUUGCUGUUCAAGAGAAAAUUGAACUCGAAGGAAUUAAAGUUGACACUGGAAAGAGUCAGAGCAACAGUUCAAAAGCUAUUACAAAUAGACAGGCUCAAAGCAGAAGAGCAGCACCUGUUCCUCCAACAAUCGUCAUCAUUGAUGCCUCGCCUACAAGAAAUCCGCCAAAAAAACCAGCAGCCAUUACAUCAAGACCAAGUGCAACGAAGAACAACAACCAGUUGACCAGUGGAUCGACCAGUAGCCUCACCAGUCGUCCAAAAACUAGUCCACAGUCAAAUCCGUCUUCAACAACCGUCAAUCAGAGAUAUUCUCAGCCAGCAACUAACAUGCUCAUCAAAAAUAAUAUAAAUGACAGCGAUGAGGCCUCUCAUUCCAAUAAACAAAAGAAUAAAAGUAAGCAUGGAUGCAGUACAAAAAUAUACUGACUGGCCCAGUAAAAUUAAGCAAUGCAAGGCCAGUGAGCGUAACUUUUAGCCAUCAUCCAGUAAAAAUAAAAAGGUCUGUAUAUAGGCAAUCAGGCAUGUUGUUUUUGAAAGACGCUGCAGCUAAAAGAUAAACAAU